UCUGUAAACAGUCGAAAGUUGUUUCUAUUAUUGGGAGAAUUUGGUUAGGUUUGUGUAUUUUGAAUCAAAAUAUUUCUAGAUGCCGCACACAGGUGGGAGACACCAAAAGCGGCAAGGAAAUGGAGAAAACUUAAUGCAGCUUACUCUUCUCCUGCUGAUGGAGUGACAGCCAACGUGGAAUGAUUGAUGCUUCUGCACCAUAAUUUCCAUCUGUGUAUUCCAUAGCACCCAUGCCACAUGUGGGGCAUUUCAUGAUGAUGACUGAUCCUGUGGGUGAGCUAUCUGGAAUACCAGCAGCACAUAGAGCUUGGAGAGAAGGCAUGGAAGCUACUGUGCCUGGAAGCUGUGAAGGAGAAGUAAUUUGUGGCAUACCAAGUGAUUGUUUGCUUUACACUCAGAACAAUGGUGCCACAUUUUCUCAGAAUAGUGUUCCUGAACCAAACAUCAAUGUUGUGACGCAGCCAGAUAUCGAAGUUGUUCAGUAUGAAUUUCCAGAUCAGGGAUUUCUUGAUAUUCAGGAAGAAGAAGUUGUUUGUGAAACAUGGGGCGAUGUUGUUGUCCCAACUGAGGAGAGCGAUAAUGUUGACGAGGUGAAAUUCUCCUACACUUUGAAAUACGAGACAGAAGAUGUUGAAAUUCCUCUACCCCAGGAUCAGGACUCAUACUUAGCUGCUAGGCCAUAUCCUUGUGAUUUUUGUAGCCGCCGUUUUCGAAAGAAGGCCAAUCUAAUGAACCAUAUGGUGGCUCAUCAGACUGAUAGGCCUCAUGGCUGCAAUAUGUGUGGUGCUAGAUAUCGUCGCAAGUGUGAUCUUAUAAAUCACAUGAAAAUACAUGCAUAUGCACCUGGCAGGGAUGUGCUAACUGAUGAAGAGGAAGAGGAAGCAGAAGAAGAAGAUGAUGAUGAAGGCGAAGAAGAAGAAAUAGACGAAGAGGAGGAGGAUGAUGAGGAUGAAGAGGAAGAUGAUGUCCAUGAAGAGGAAGUUGAGAUUGAGGUAGAUAAUGAAAGUGAAUGGGUUGGUAGAAUGAGUUAUUCUCAAAAUGAAGGUACAGCUAGGAGUCGCCGGAAAAAGAAUCAGAUGAGAAAGAGGAAAAAUAAUCAUGUAAAUAGAGGGAAUAGAGGACGCACUCUAAGUGGCAAAGGCUUAAAACAACGAAAUUACAACAGCUAUUCUGGUAGAAGAAAAUAUGCUAAUGAGAAUAGUGUGAACAUUUCUGCUCACAGUUAUGUGGAAGAGGAUGUGAAAUUGUUAAAGCAGAAUGUUUCCUCGUAUUCGUUAGAUUCCACACAACAAUCAGAAAAUGAAGAUCAAGAUCCACCUGCACCACGCUGGCCUGUUGUUGAUGAAACGAGGCCUUAUGUGUGCCAACAUUGUGGUGUUGGUUUUGCUCGAGAGAAGGCACUUGGCUCUCAUGUGAGGAUCCACGCUGGCGAUAGUCCUUUUGAAUGUAACACAUGUGGUGAAAUGUUUUGGGAUGUCAAUCUUCUCCGUGAUCAUUCCAAAGCAAAACAUCCUGGAAAAUACGAAGCCUCUAGUGCCUUUGUGGAGAGGUUUAGUGAAUUCCGUUGUGAUGUAUGUGGAAUGAAAUUUCAGCGUCAGGACUUGCUCAGGAGGCAUCAAAGACUUCAUAUCAAAGAUGAACAGAGCUAUGAUGAAGGAUUCCAUCAUUGUCAAGAAUGCGGUCAGAACUUCAAUAGUCGUACUGACAUGUUGUCACAUAUGGAAACUCAUGGACGUUACCAACCACAUCGGUGCAUGCUUUGUGGAGAAUGCUUUGCAGAUUCUGCAUCUGUAGCAACCCACGUAAAGCGUAGACAUGCUAGAACUAUUCCUCCAAAUGCCUGCACCCUUUGUGGAAAAACAUGCAGGGACAGACGAUCACUGCAGAAACAUUCGUGGGUUCACUCUGCAGAGAGAAGCUUUGCUUGUCAGAAGUGUUCAAAACGUUUCCACAGCCGAUCUCGUCUGAAAAGGCAUAUGGUGUCACACCGUGAUAAAGCGGUUGCUUGUGAAGAAUGUGGUGAAGAAUUUCCAGAUGGUCGUGCACUCAUCAACCAUCGUCACAGUCAUAACCGAGACAGUUCAGGACGUCAGUUUGCUUGUUUACAGUGUGGAAAAACUUUUGGUUCUCGUAGUAGUCAGCAAAUUCACGCCAGAAUACACACUGGAGAACGUCCAUAUGGAUGUAGGUACUGUUGGAAAGCUUUUGCGGAUGGGGGAACUCUCAGGAAGCAUGAAAGGAUACACACUGGAGAAAAGCCUUAUGCAUGUCCAAUUUGUCCACGAGCAUUUAAUCAAAGGGUUGUUCUUCGUGAACACAUCCGAUCUCAUCACUCUGGUCCUGAAAUGAUGCCCAGCUCAAGCAGUGGGCCUCAUUUUGUUUGCAAAGUGUGUGCUGCAUCCUUUGAUUGUUCGGAAGAUUUAUGUGCACAUUUAAUAAAACAUAGUGAUGAAAACACUGCAAAACACCGUUUACCAAAACUUGGUCCAAGAAAGUACAAACGAAGACGUAAGUUUAGUGUCCAUGAGUUCAAUUUAUUUUCAUUUGGAAGUGAUAGAAUGGAUUCUGUAGACAAAAGUGAAGAUGAUUCUGAUGAUGUGAAACAUAAAAUUAUUAAACGCAAGUAUAAAAUUAAACCAAAAUCUGGUUCUGGUACAACAGCAUCUGAUCUAGGGACUCAUACUGCAAAUAAUCUUCAGUCAGUUGCUGAUAAUCUAGAUUCAGUUGUCCAGAAUUUCAAUUCAAUUGUUACCAGUGAUAUGAAGAGUGACACCAGUAAAAGAUUAAGUAAGUCCAAAGGUAAAUGCAGUGGAGUGAAUAGUACAAAAACUGAUAGUGCAAAUGCAAAAUCUGGAAUUUCUAGCUCAGUCUCUGGAGGUUUUCUGAAGAGUACACGACCUGCGGGUGAAGCCCGGCCGCGACCACGAACUAAGAAUGUGAAUCUCAGCACACUGGCAGCCCUUAAAGCUGUCAGUUUGAAGGCAGCUGGUGACUCUGCUAUGAGCAAAACUCCAGAGUCCAUGAAAGGGAGACCAAGGACAAAAAAUGUUAGUUAUCACAAUGUGAAAAUGGCAAAGUUAGAAGUAGCUAGGUUUCCAAAUGCAACGAAGGCUGAUGCCAAUUGUGAAAAAGUUGUUAGAAACAAUUUGAAAACUACAAAUGAUAUAAAAGAACCAAAGCAGUCAAUUUUUGAACUUGUCUCAAAUGCGGGUAUGUUGUCUGAUAGUGAUGAAGAUGGAGAUAUGAAAGUUGAAUAUACAUGUGAGAUGUGCAGUGAAACAUUUACAAAAAGAUCUGAACUUCUGGUUCAUGUACCAAUUCAUAUAUGAAAUAGAUUGUUACAGUCUCUAAAGAGGAUAAGCAAUAUGAAUAUUUAACUGGAAUACUUUUAUUAAUUGAAAGUACUGUUCUUGUUUUUAUAAAACAUACAUAUUGUUACUUGUCUGCCUUCUCUAUUAGUUCUUGCUCUGUUGACUGUAGAUUAGUGAUUUAAUUAUAAACAAAGACACAUAAGACAGUAAAGAAUUUCAGGGAAGCUGAAUGAAACUAUUUUUGCAAGACAAAAAAACUUCAUUCUUAAGCUUGUUGCGUGUGAAAUUGUAUAUUUUGAUGCAGUUUUAUUUUUUAUCAGUGACAAAUUGUGUGUAUUUUGCAAAGUAUUAGUGUAAAAAUGGACUUCUAUUUUGUUUUAGAGUUUAUUUAUGUCCUUGACAAAAUAUAGAAAGCAAGAUUGUAUUUGUGCACAAAUCUGCAUAGUGGGUUUCACUUAUACAACAUUUUGGAAAAAAUAUUUAAUGUCUGAGAUUUAUGAAC